AUGUGGGAUGAGAUACUCUUCCGUAUAGGCUUUGACGACUUGCUCAUGAAGUGUUUGGGCAAGAAAGAACAACUUAUAGCCAUGACUAAAGUUCAUGAAGGCAUAUCCGGAGCUCAUCAAGCCAGCAUCAAGAUGAGAUGGCAUUUGAAGAGACAUGGUUAUUAUUGGCCAACUAUCCUUAAAGAUUGCAUUGAAUAUGCCAAAGGGUGCCAAGAUUGUCAAAAGCAGGGUCCAGUUCAAUAUGUUCUGGCUGGACUUACAAACCCCAUUGUGAAGGCUUGA